AUGAGAGUAAAUCAGACACUCCUGGAAGAAUUUGUCUUUGUUGGCUUCUCUGUCUACCCAGACUGGCAAGUUGUCCUCUUUGUUUUCUUCUUCUUUCUUUAUCUUCUCACCCUCAGUGGAAACCUGGCAAUAAUGGCCCUCACCUUGGUAGACCAAGCCCUGCACACUCCCAUGUAUCUCUUCCUCAGUGCUCUUUCUUUCUCUGAGACUUGCUACACAUUAGCCAUUGUUCCUAAAAUGCUGGUAGACCUGCUAACCAAGAGUAGAACCAUUUCUAUCCUGGGAUGUGGACUCCAAAUGUUUUUUUUCCAUGGUCUUGGUGGCACCAACUGCAUCAUUCUGACAGUAAUGGGUUAUGACCGGUUCUUGGCCAUCUGCAAUCCUCUCCGCUACCCAGUACUCAUGACCAGCACAAUAUGUGGAUAUCUUGUGGCCUUAGCUUGGACUGGUGGCUUCUUUGUCUCCUUAGUGCAGACCACCUUGAUCUUUUCAGACUCAUUCUGUGGCCCCAAACUUAUAAAACACUUCCUCUGCCACAUGAGAGCUGUGGUCAAGUUAUCCUGCCUGAAUGGUGCUGUCAUAGAGGUUAUUGUCACAGUAAUUUCAGUAUGGGGUUUACUGGGGACAUUCCUAUUCAUCUUUCUUACCUAUGUGUUCAUUCUCUCUACUGUCUUCAAGAUACCCUCAGCUGAGGGGAAGAAGAAAGCCUUCUCCACCUGUGCCUCCCACCUCACUGUGGUCAUCAUCCACUUUGGCUUUGCCUCCAUUGUCUACUUGAAGCCAGAGACCACUGAGAGGGAUGACACACUCAUGGCUAUCCCCUACACUCUUAUCACACCUUUCCUCAGCCCCCUAAUUUUCACUCUGAGAAACAAGGACAUGAAGAAUGCUCUGAUUAAGAUGCUGAGUAAUAAAGGUGUCUUAACCAAAUCAUCUUGUGUAAUUACUAUUGGAGGUCAACACCAAGAAGGGAGUAAGGUAUUUACUCUGAAGCCUGUAGUAUAA